CAUUGUGGGACUUGUAGUUUCUGUGUCAAUCCCGGGUUUAAAGUAGAAACAACAACACACACAAAAUGCUGGUAGAACACAGCAGGCCAGGCAGCAUCUAUAGGGAGAAGUGCAGUAAAGUGGAAGAACGUACUACAGUUCCCCGGUACCAUUGUGCUGACGUGAGCCACGAGGUGGGGCUCGAUUGCUCUAAAACUCAGAACGAUCCAGAAAAUCUCCACAUCAGGGUGCACAAUAUGGCAGAAUUUUAAAAGUGCAUUUUCCAUAUCUGUGAAUGGAACAAUUGGUCUGAAAAGCUGAGCUGAUACAUAGUAUUCAUACUUGUGUUCAAUUUUCUAAACAGACAGACAUUUCUGACCAAGAUGAUGGAUUCUCUACCUGAAGAUGUUACAAUGCGCACUCUUAUUAAGGGUAUAAUUGCUGAAGAGGCUCCACGGAGCUUAGUACGUGCAGGAAAACGGAGAUAUAGUUUACAAAAAAGCAUUGGUGAUCGUAUGAAGCUCACUGACGUCUCAAUGCAGCAGUCUCCGCAUAUGAUUCUCCGUAGUCAAAUGAAAGCAAAUGUCCAACAAUCUCGGAAACAAAAUGCAGCAACGGCUGGAUCAUCCGUAGAGCGUUCAACUAGAAAGAAUUCUUCAGCUUUGAGGAAAACAAAGCGUUUAGAAGUAUUUCCUCAGGAGAACCUCGAUAAUUACACACCAAGAAUACUGCUAAAGAAAUUCAUGCAGAGUGAGCUGGAAUCCUCUUUGAUUAACGUUUCGAAUUUUAAAAUGAAAAAGCCUGUGGAAAAGAAAUCUCAAAUCAAGACUAAAAUGCAGUCUAACAGUGACAGCUUUAAUUUAAGUUUGCCAGCAAAGGAUACAGUAGAACAGAAUUUGCCUGCCAACCGUAAGCUCCAAACGAAACUCGAUAAUACAACAGAAUCUCAAGAAAAUGGAAAAGUUGAACUGAGUGAAAAGAGCUUAAGACCUCCAGACAUCUCAACAAUAGUUGGAUUAAUCAGUUCUGAUUUUGAAGAAUCCACCACAAAACCAAUUCUUUGCAGAAGACCUAAAAAACGCAAAGUCAUAAAUGAAGAUGACUUUGAAGAGGGAGUGCACAACUAUUUGGAACAGAAUAAAGAACCUGAAGAAAACGAAAUUGAAAGAUCCGGACCAUUUGAGAAGACUGCAGGGUUGACUGAUAUUUCAGGAAUGGUUGGAUCACUUAAUUUUGGUACUGAUGAAUCUGUGUCGGGUCCAGUUCUGAGCAGAAAACCGAGAAGACUGAAACUCGUUAAUGAAGAAGAUUUUGAAGGAGGGGUGCUUUUCUACCUACAUCAAAUUAAAGAAAAACAACCUGCAGAAGUACAAGAAGUGACCAGAAACAAUACAGGGAAGGAGAAAUCUACUACAAAUGUACAGCAGGAUGAACGUGGUAUUGCUGAACUGCACACUUCGCACCAGCAAACACUAAAUGAUGGGAUGGAGGCUGUUUCAGUCAGGAAUGAAGAAAUGAGAAAUGAAUUUGGCCUGGACACUGGGCUUGACCUAGAGAAACAAAUGGAGUUAGUAGCAUCAGAUAAAGAAGAAUUCGUAAAGACUCCCCUUACAGGAAAAUACAAGACUCCUCGUCUCGUUGAACAAAGGAUCUUGACUGAAACAGACCCUCGGAUGGUGUAUAGAACAGAAAGGUUCACAGAAGAUCGAUGUGAGGGUGACAAGCCAACGGGUCACGAAUUGGAAAAGCCGAAGGAUAUCAAACAGAACUUAUCAUUGCAUGAGUCCCCCACUCUGCACUACUCUGAAGGGGUAGUAGUUGAUGACAUGGAUGAUAAAACAGUCGAAGAAUGUGUAUUGAAUUUUAGAAGAGCUGAAGAUGGUGAAACUGUGGCUAUUUUAACAAAUACUGAAAGAAUGGACUAUGCUGAAGAAGCUGGAGUGAGAGCAGAAGAUGCCAAAGUAGUCAGUAAAAGAAUGGGAGAUGUUAAAGCAGAUGAAAUAAUACAAGGUGCUAAAAUGAAAAGAAUGGAAUCUUUAGGAUUUGACAGUGAAGGAAUUGGCCCACCCAAACUGGACAGUGAACGGUCCGGCCUGGCUGGACUGGAUGGUGAACGGUCCGGACCGACAGGACUGGACGGUGAACGGUCCGGACCGACAGGACUGGAUGGUGAACGGUCCAGACCGACGGGACUGGACGGUCAAGAGUCUGGCCCACUGGAUCUGGAUGGUGAAGGGUCCGGCCCACUGGUACUGGACAGUGAACGGUCCGACCUGGCUGGACUAGACUGUGAAGGGUCUGGCCCACCAGAACUGGACGGUGAAGGGUCUGGCCUGGCUGGACUGGAUGGUGAAGGGUCCGGCCCACCAGAACUGGAUGGUGAAGGGUCCGGCCCACCAGAACUGGACGCUGAAGGGUCCGGCCCACCAGAACUGGACGCUGAAGGGUCCAGCCCACCAGAACUGGACGGUGAAGGGUCCAAUCCACCAGAACUGGAUGGUGAAGGGUCCGGUCCACCAGAACUGGAUGGUGAAGGGUCCGGUCCACCAGAACUGGACGGUAACGGGUCCGGCCUGGUUGGACUGAACAGUGAAGGGUCUGGCCUGGCCGGACUGGAUGGUGAAAAGUCCGGCCUGCCGAAACUGGACGGUGAAGGGUCCGACCUGGCUGGACUGGAUAGUGAAGGGUCCAGCCUGGCUGGACAGAACGGUGAAAGGUCCGGCCCACCCAGACUGGACAGUGAAGGUUUGGCAGUUGGUGAAACAGACAAUGAAAAAGUGGAAGAAACUGAUUCUGAUGGAGACAUCGAAUCUGAUGAAAUGGAUGAAGAAGAAGAUGACGGUAAAGUGAGAUGGACUAUCCAACAGAAUGAGAAGGUAUUGAAAUCCUCCCCAUUACUGACCACACCACACUUUUUGAAAAUAUUGGGGAGACAGGCACGAAAACCACUCACAAAAGUAAAUGACAAUCCAAAAAGGACAACACAUGAACGAAAGAAGACAAUUUUGCCAAGCAGCUUUGUAAAGUCUGUAUUUACCCACUAUGCUAAAAUGAAAGUGAAGAAGGAGACAUUUACAGCAGUUGACCGAUGCUUGGAAUUGUAUUUCAAACAGCUCUGUGCGGAUAUGGAUGUUUACAGUAAACACGCUAAAAGAAGAACCAUUGAAAAAGAAGACUUAGAAUUGCUAAUGAAAAGACAGGGUUUUGUUACUGCCAAGAUGCCUUUGAACGUACUAAUUGAAAAUCAUCUACCAAUGGAAUGCAGAGAAAAACUAAUUCCAAUGGCUGUCAGUGGGAGUAAGAUAAUUCCAAAAAAAUAGCCUACAUUAUCAAAGCAUUAUUUCAACAAAUAUCUUGCUUUUGUUUGAGAAAUCAAAAACUAUAAAUCUUUGCAAGCAAGUGGAAAUGUUUUUUCUUUUUGAAGAUCAAAUCUAAAGCUAUUUUAUAAACUCUACAAACUUACAGGAGCUCUGAGACCUUUCCUCUGAAGGGAACAAUGAUAGCGUACCUCAGAUUUAAUCUGGAGGUGUAAUUAAAUUUAAAAAUGUUACAUGAUUACUAUUUGAAUUUUUUUAUAAUACCCUAUCUUUGUGCAGAAACUUUUAAGACAUGUAUUUUUAAUUUUAAACUGUCAAAGUGUCAGAGGCUUGGAUUGAAAUCCUGCUAAGAUAUUCCAGAAAUUUUCUAGGUACCAUCAAGCUGAUGAAUGCUUGUAACCAAUACUUUUGACAUAAGUGUUUUAAAAUUCUCAGAUGAGUUUUAGCAUCAUUUGUUGAUUUAUCAUUUCUCCAACUCAGCCCAAAUAAUGUACCUUGGCCCCAAACUCCAUACUUUAACUGUGAAUUUAAUCCCUUCCUGCACCAGAUGCUUUGAGAAUUAUUGCAAAUAAAAUUAUGUAUUUGACUUUGUAUUUUGACCUUGUUUAUGGGGAGUAAGUUAUAAAGGUGUGCAGUUAAGCUGCCCACAUAAUGAGAAUAGCUAGAUAUAACAAGGUGGAACCCAAUUCCUUUUCUUGGUCUCAGUUCAAGGAUUGAAUCUAUUAAAAUGAAUAUACUGCCCAGACUACUAUAUCUCUUUCAGACCCUACCAGUAGAGAUUAACCAAUAUCAAUUCAAUGAAUGGAACAAAAUGUUAUCAAGAUAUAUAUGGCAAGGUAAAAGGCCUAGAGUUCAUCUCAAAACUUUGCAAUUAGCCAAGGAAAAGUGGGGGGGAGAAUGGGGCCUACCUUCUUUUAGAGAUUAUUAUUUUGCAGCACAGUUGAGAGCUGUGAUAUGCUGGUGCAACCCAUCACAUGAUGCUCAAUGGAAAAACAUUGAGGAGAGGAUACUUUCCAUCCCCAUACAGGCAAUUUUGGCUGAUAACAAACUACAAAGUUACAUAAAUACUAUUGAUAACCCAUGGGUGAAAUGGACUCUUAAAAUAUAGAAAACUUAUAACAGAAUAUAAACUAGAGAGAGACAUUGCAAUUCUUAAAUGGUGUGCAUAUGACUCGGAUUUUACACCGAAUAAACUGGAUGCUAGAUUUAAGGAUUGGGCAGCUGAAGGAGUAACAGCUAUUUGCAAUAUAAUGAAAGAAGGAACACUGUUCAGUUUUGAAAUGCUCAAAGAGAAACACUUAUUAGAAAAAUAAGACUUUUAUCGGUAUUUGCAGAUGCGACAGUAUGUUAAUAGGACGGUUAAAAAUGUAACCAAGGCAAGUACAUGUCUGAUAGAGCUAUUUAGAAAAGCAUAUAAUUCAGAUCACGAUAGUAGAAUCAUUUCAAGUGUGUAUAAGGGCUUGUCAAAUCUUAAAACACAUUCAACUUCAUACAUUAAAACAAAAUGGGAGGAGGAAGGAAGGAUAAUUAUAUCUGAGGAAGAAUGGACAAUAAUAUGGAGGUAUCAAUGGAAGUGUACCAGUUCACAGAAAUGGAGGGAGUUUGGAUGAAAAAAUUUGAUAAAAUAUUUUAUUACACCCUCUCAAAAAUCCCAUUAUGAUAGUAACCUCCCUGUUUGCUGGAGAAAUUGUGGAAAUCAAAAUGCAAACCAUUAUCAUAUUUUCUGGAAAUGCCCCGUUAUCAAAGACUAUUGGAGUGCGAUACAUAAUGCCCUACAAGACAUCUUUAAAUGUGAAAUACCCUUAGAAAGUAAGUCCAUAUAUUUUGGGUAUAUACCUCAAAAAUGGUUGAAAAGAGAUAAAUAUUUAAUGAAUAUACUAUUGGUGGCUGGUAAAAAGACCCUUACCAGGAAAUGGUUAUAACAGGAGACCCCAACUUUAAACACAUGGAUGGAAAUCACAAUGAACAUUUACAAAAUGGAGAAGAUAACAGCAUCUGUUAAUCAUAAGCUGGAACAAUUUGAUUCAUACUGGGAAAAAUGGUUUAACUACAUAACACCUCAUAGGCCUGAUUUUAUUCUCACAAGUCAAUGAAUAUGCUCUAAAAAAAAAAUCACUCCCUACUUUGUACAUAGUUUUCUUCUUUCGAUUGUUCUUUCUUUCCUCUUCUUUCUAUAAGUGUAUACCUCAGAUAAAUAUGUUGAGAUUUGUGACAAAUAUGAUUAUAUGAUAUAUAUGUACAGUAUCUGAAAUACAUCUUAUGGAAAUGUUUUUUUGAAGAUGAACUUCAAUAAAAACUAGAUUACAAAAAAGAAUAGCUAUAUUUAAAUGUAUGGGUGUUAAAUAUUCAUAAAAUUACUAUAGAAACAAUUUUUAUGGUACUUAGUGGUAUUGGGUAUCUUAUCUUAUUUUAAAAACCUCAACUUCUAUUCAGGAGUUUUGUAUUCUUAAUUUUCUGUGACCACUUUAUCUCUGUGACCAAUGUUUGUGAGGA